CCGGGCUCGACGCGCAGAGUGGGGGGUGUGCCGCGGCCGUGCCGUUGUCAUGUACCGCCUGGUGCGCCUCGGCCCGGUGCGGCCGCUGCUACCCCCGCUGCUCGCUGCCGCCGCUCCACGCGUCCUGUGCUGCGGUCCCCGUCUGGCCUGGGCUGGCCUCAGCCCGCAGCUGCCCCUCGUAACGCUGCGGUCCGCCGGCAGCUCCGCCAAGGAUGCAGCUGGAUCCUCUGAAAAGGCAGCCACAGAUCCCAGUGGUGAAAACAAGAAACUCAACAAAUCCCAGCAGCUGAAACGAGUGUUUAAAGAGUAUGGUGCUGUAGGGGUUUCAUUCCAUGUUGGAAUUUCAUUAGUAUCUCUAGGUAUCUUCUACCUGGCUGUAUCAAGUGGAGUGGAUAUGACUGCAGUUCUCUUCAAACUUGGUUUCAGUGAAUCAUCGUUGCAAUCUAAAAUGGCAGCUGGCACAAGUACAUUUGUGCUGGCAUAUGCCAUUCACAAGUUGUUUGCUCCAGUAAGAAUCAGCAUUACCGUAGUUUCUGUGCCAUUCGUUGUCCGAUACUGCCGGAAGAUUGGUUUCUUCAAACCUCCUACCCCAAAUCCAUGAGGAUUUCUCACUGGUUUUUACUCCAGUUGUUUUUAUUGGUUUUUUUAUGCCCUAUAUCCACAUAGCUUUUCAGAUUGUUAAAUUUCUUUAAAAGACUUGUUUGGAUCCAUGUAAAUGCUGACCUCCUCUUGCAUUUCUUACUUGUUCAUUCAGGUGAAUGGUGGUGAGUGCUACACUGAAAAGUGUUGUCUUUCUUUCCAUUUUGCCACCCUUCUUUAGAAAAACCUGUUAAAAUGGUUUUCACUGCAAGUGGUAAUAUAAGUGCUUGACAAUGAGCAGUCUCUUUAGAACACACAGUUCUAGGACUUUAUAAUCUAGCUUUUGGGGUCUUAAGUUUUGUUUUUUUCUUGUCAAAAUAGAGUGUCAGCGUUAGUUUGUAUCUUUGUAUUUGGGAAACAGAGUAAGAUUCUCUUCCUAAUAGGGUGUGGGAUCAACAAUAUCCUACUAUAUGAAAGGUUCCUUUGGUAAGGGUAUGUACUGGAAUCUAAAGUGGUAGGUGGGUGCUUUUUUUGUUAUAAAAGACGUGCAUCAUGACCACAGUCUUGCAGCACAACACACAUGCUGAGUUAACUUAGGCAGAAGUACCCACACACUUAAUUGCACAGUAAUAAUUGUUUUAGCCAGAACAGGCGAUGCACUGUUCUGAAACUACAGCUCCUUUGAGGUGCUUCCAUGUUUCAAGAGUUUAUUUGAAGAUGGGUUUUAUUUAUAGGAUAGGAGCUGGCCUUACUAAAGUCCUUUUUGUGUUAUUUUUUUUUUACGCCUAUAGACUCUACUGAAAUCAAUGUAACCAGAAUUACCUCCUGUGGGAACAUACUCCAAAGAUUAUCAAGUCAGGGGCAAAGGUAUCUGUGGGUUUUUAAUGUAUUGAGAUCUGGCUGUGUACGAGGCACACAUUUUUUUAACCUGAAAACUAAUCCUAGCCGCUUUCUGCUUCUGUGAAUGAAACUCAGAUCUGCACCUGAAGUCCCAACAUUGCAAUUCAUAGCUUCCCAAGAGCAAUUUAUAUGCUGUUGUCUGACAGACUUUUGAAUGUACCAAUUAGAGGUGAUUUUCAAUCUUAUUUGGAUGCUGUUCCUGUUAGAAUGCAGCUGCACGUGUGUAUAUUUAUAUACCACUUUUCAGUUAAACUAAAGACUGGAUCCCAAAUACUUGAGUAUUGACUAGCAUUGUGGUAAACCUGGGUUUCAGACUCAGGACUGUGCUCCUGUGAGAUAGGUGAAGUCAAAUCUGUCAGACUUUAGGACCGGUUCCUCCUUCCAGGUCUGCUCUUUUACACUGGCCUUUGUUGAGACUUACCCCAAGGUGGCUCUGACACAAUCUGUUCAUUCAGGAAUCUGAUUAAAGUAAAACAGCAGGCAACUACCCUGAAAUUUAGUGAACUGAGAGAAAGGGAAAACUGUAGAAGAGGUAGUUUACUUCCUUUGCCCUGUGGAAGCAAGCUGAUACUGGAGACUGCCAACUGAAAACAAUGAGCCCCUUUGGUGUGUGGGUGUGUGCUGUUAGCCCAGUUGAAGGGUUUGUCUUAGGAUGGAAACAGUCCCUGCAGUGAGCAGAUACACAUGCUGGAGUCUUAAUAUAUAAUGCAGACACAGCCAUUCAUGGCACGUGUGUAAAGGUGCAUUACACUGGUAUUUUGUGCAGUGUUUAACAGCCACAGGAGCAGGGCAUACUGAGAACCUUGCAGUGUGGCCUGUAGAGCUGUAAGCUGUGUCACUAAGAGAACUUAUGUCAUGCACAGAUACUUGGCUUGUUAGAAUAUGGAGCCAGUGCUCUGGUGCUUCACAUACCUAUGUGUGGAGGAAUGGCUGUCCCAUUCAUUUGAACUAACUGCUUAUUCCCCAAAAAUAAAAGACACAAAAUGCAGUUGGCUUGCUCCUGUUGUAUGCCUGUUUGCAGUAUGGCUGCUGAAGCUGGCAGCUUGGCCAGGUCAUUAGCUUCAACGUGCCAGCUCUGAUUAGAGCAUAAGGAAGCUGUGCCUUUACCCCUGACUAACCUGUGUGUUAUAUCUGUUAUGUGGACGGAAGCUUAGUGCAGUUCUUGCCUAUUAAACAGCGCACUAUCUACACCACAGCUGAAGGGUUAGCAUGGUAUGACAAUGUGCAACCAACAGUAGUGCAGCUUUCUGUGAUCUACUACAUUCUAGAGCAAGUAGCAUAUUUUUAAGUUUCAAGUGGGCAGGGCAGUCACUAUUUUUUAAGAAUAAGUUUUACUGUGGCUUUUUUUCUCUCCCAGACACAGAAGCCUUUGUGUUUUGGUUUAUUUUUUCUGCAUGUCCUCUCUGUUUGUAUCAGUUCAGGACAAUGUUCUGUUAACAACGAUAACAGAAUUCCAGAAUCAUCAUGUGGCAGCCUUGAUUUAUUUAAUCAGUCAUUUCUGAUAAGUACAUUUUGUCCUAAAGUUAAUAGAAAAGGAAGAGGCAAGCUUUUUCUUCUUCUAAAAAGUCUCUCUGUAAACCAGCAAUCAUUUAAAACAAAUGCAACUCAAAGUUCUUAGUGCUGGUACUUUUAUCUGGAAACUUUCUUGCUGUAAAGAAACAGCUUCAUUUAAGUUAUGACCAGGAUUCAGAUAAACAUGGCUGUAUAAACUACUGGCAAUUUUAGAUGAAGUUUUUUUUUACAAAGUAUUAUAUUAAUUUGAGAGUAUAUUUUGAAUUCUAGAAUCCUUGCUGUAAAGAUUGGGGUUUUUUUAAUGGUUUGUAAAAUAGGGAUAACCUUAAAGCCUUAUAAUGAAAAUAUAAUAAAUUGCUUUCUCUUA